AUGUCAGCAGACAAAAAGGUCAUCUACCAAUCCUACCGCCCAACCUACAAAUUGACCUUUCAGUUGUAUGCAAAGGGGAUGGUAGCACGUUUGGGUGACCACACUUGCCCUUCAGUAGCCCUCUUGGAUCGCCAUGUUCGUUUCCUGGAUUCUGCCCUUGCAAAAACGUUCUUGGAUGCCAAGAACGACUUCCAACGCCGCAAGCUGUCUCUUGCAGGUCUUGCUAAUCUUACCCUUUGGCUCGGAUGGCUCCAAUCCUCAGAGUGUUUUGGUCUCAACUGGGAGGACUGCUCCCUUGUGGAGCCUGCUGAUCAUGCAGUCUCCACAAACAACGCAACAAUGGAGACCCUCUUCUCCGGCCAUAUGACGGCACUCCUGGCAACUCCAUUGAAAGCCGCUUUUGGUCCCUUCACUGCUACCGCCGCGGGGGCCGCACCCACGUCUCACGCAGCAACAUAUGCGGCGGCGCCCGUCUCACGAUUGCCUCCAAAACCAUUGUCUAUGAACACGGCUGCUGGUGUCUACGCCGCGCCAACGAAGAUGUCGCCGCCACCUACCACAAAUGGAAGCCCUGUAUCCGGGUCAAACUAA